CGCCCCAGGUGAGAUCGCAGGGACCCUUUUCUUAUCCAGCACCUUACCCGACGCUGUGUCUUGGGGAAUGGAGCCGAGGGGGUGCGCGAAGCGGCGUCCCAGCCAGCGUGCGGCCUGCGGUUCCCCAUCUGGGAAAAGGAGAAGGAAUGGCAGUGAAGAAGACCACCAUCUUCCCCCUCAGACCAAAAAGAGUAGUAGAAACCCUGUCUUUCAUGAUUCCUGGGACACAGAGUCGUCCAGCAGUGACAGUGGUGGGAGCAGCAGUGGCGUCUACAGCCCAGACAGGACCAGCGGGCCAGAGAGCAGCCUGUCCCACAUCGCCACCGGGUCCGGCCCUAACACCCCUCAGCCCAGGCCCGAGCAGUCUGCACUGUGCCAGGGCCCUUACUUCCACAUCAACCAGACCCUGAAGGAGGCCCACUUCCAUAGCCUACAGCACCGAGGACGGCCUCCCACAUGAUGCGCCCGCAGUUUCUUGCCUUCUAUGAAGGGACAGCGCUGUGCAGAUUUGAUAUUUCAACUUAAGAUGUUUUAAAAAAUUGCACAAAAAAAUGCCUGUUGGCUUUUCCGUCUAUAUUUGAAAUAACAGGUUAACAGGCGGUUGUUUACUUGUGGUUUUGCUGCACUAUUGCAAUUUCAAAGGGGCUUUGAAGCAAUUUUUUAUAGGAUUCUUUUGAGGGUGGGUGUCAAAUCCAUGUUGAGGUAAUGGUAUGAGGAAAACUCAUCUGUGUGUUGAAUCCAUAGUUUGUCCAGUUCAGAUUGAUUUCCAGAUAUGUCAAUUAGAAAUUUUACUUCAUGUAAAAAGGCCUUUUAAAAAUGCGGGAUCUUCAAUUUUUUAAAUCCAAUAAACCAGUAAAGAGUGUCUAGUUUCCAUGAAAAAAACAUAAGUUUUUUUCCAAAAUAUAGAAAGCUUGCUUCAGUCUUGCACUGAAAUUCGUUACCAUACUACCUCUUGUAUGCAGAUGUCCUGUCGAAAGUCCUCUGUCUUUGUGACAGACAUCAGAGCCAAGUUGGACUGGUAAGUGAAGCAGCCACCCUCCUGUUUCCACUUUGUCAUGUAUUUGUAUUUCUGGAGAGAAUGGCUUUCAGAUCCUUGUAUUCCCAGAUCACUUGUUACCAUUACUCUUCUAGCACCUACGUCUUAGGCACUAGUAGAAAAUAUGGCUCAGUUCUGGCAGUUGAGAAAUUUGGAAUGACUGUUUGUCUUACAGACUUGUUACAGCAGCAGCUUACGUGAUUUCAUUGGUAAUUCCAACCUGUAGUGUCAAGAAUGAGGCCAUAGACAAAUGCUGGCCAAGUGCGAACUAUUGGAACUGAUGUCUGUGUCACAAGUAUUGUGAAACUCUCGGACAAGGAUUCACUUUAUGCUUAAAGUAACCCCUGACAGUACCUGGGGCCCACAUCCCACCACUGAACUGGAAAGACUGGUGUGACUUAGCAGUGAAUGAGCACAGGCACAGUUAGAAGAAAUGUUGCAGUCGUAUUUAUUUAGGGGGAGAUGGGUAUGUUCCCAUGUUAUUUAGUCAUACUAGAGAGCCAACCUAGUUUGAAUAACGAAGGUGUAGACGUGUCUUCUUCCUCACCAACAAGGUGUCUGAAUAAGGAGCCAGGAUGCGUCAGGUCAUCUGUUCGGGAGAGUGCCGGGGGGACAACCUGCCAUUGCAUGUAGAGAAAGUGCCUUAGAGUCUACCCGACCCCUCCUGCCUGCUCACACCCUCCACUCCACUCCACUCGGAGCCCACACGGCACACACAAGCAGCAGCAGCACGGGUAGCUGUAGUAAGGGGACUUGGUGCUUUGUCAAGAUUUGAAAAGGACACGGGAUGGAAUGAGAUUUUUAUUAAAGGUAAGGACUCUAGGAAAAGGGUAAACAUGUACCUCCUUUCCUUGGUUUGUUCCUCUGAUGGAGAGAGAGCUUAAAGGUCAGUUACUUGGAGUAGAAACUGCAAGUUGUGGGGAAAUGUUAUUAAUAGCACAGGCCCACGCUUAUGGAGUGGAUGGUUUGUGCAAGAACUUUUUUAACAACUACCUUCUCCCAAGUUUGAAAACCAGAUGUUGGAUUUAAGAUCUUAAUGGGUUUGAUAGCAGGGAAUAUGGAAAAGCCAGUAUUGUGUCUAACAGUAAAGCAAACAACAGCCAAGUGCUGUAAGAAGACAAGCUGCUGGAGCUCUCCAGACACACGUGCACAAAGCCCCACUCAGAAAUACCAGGAGGACUCCUGCGGGCCUAAUGGGUGGCAGCCUACUGAAACAAAAGGCAUAUUAACCAGAAAAUGGACAACUUGAGAAAGCACACUUCAUUUCCCACCCAACUGAAAGAAAUGGAAGACGAAACAAUCACCAAAACAAAAGUUCUCCGAAUAUAGUCACAGUGUGGGACUAGCAAUUAACCCUUUUAUCCCACUGCAAAUGACAAGGAGUCUCUGUCCUGUCCUGUGUGUCUUCUACAGCCUUGGCAGCCUGAGACACAUUUCUUUUAUGAGGCUACUUGACAGUGUAAAUGGGCUUCUUCUAAAACUUCUAUUAGCUCAAGCUAGUAAAACCUUGUACUUCAACAUUGCGCCGCCAUUAAAAGCAGCAUUAGUGCAUUUUGUCAUUGA